UCUGUAUUUCAAUAUUGUUACCUUGUUUCCAACAUCUGCAUGUAUUUUGGUAAAACCUGAGAAAGGAUGCUUUUAUCACAAUUGUUCUCAAUUGUUAAACAUGAUGGCAGAUCAGUAAUGCUUUGGUCAGCCAAAGGAUUGUUGUUAGGGCCAAUGAUAGCUCUGCAUGGUCAGGAAAGUCAGGCUAUUUGACAGGACCAUGUUCACCCUAUGGUAAAAACAUUGUUAUAUUCUUAUAUUCCUGUAAGAUAAUGUCCCUCAUAUAACCUAAAACCACCCACGCCAUCAUCAACAGAUCUAAACAUCAAAGAUGUCCACCUCGAGGCUUUAAAAAAAGGAGCCUGUUUUAAAGGCAAAGGGUGGUCCUGUUCCUUAGGUCCUCAAUAUUAAUUUAUGGAUUGUUCUGUUAUAACCAAUAUUCAGUUUACCAAUAAACAUCAACUUUUACAACACAAUAAAAUUAAGGUUAACUGUGCCACAAUAUAUCAAGGUUCUGGUUAACAACUAUUACAGUAGCUCAUGAAGUGACAGAAUGACAGAAUGUAAGAAAGAGAUAUUCUUAAUUGUGUACAGGUGCAGGUGUAGCUUUCCCUCCUAGUAAACACUGCUUUUCCCCCACACCUGUAUAUGUGUCGUAUAAUUUUAUGGUGAAGAGGGUCAGCCUUACUUUCACACUCUCUUGUAAUCUAAGAGAACAAACACAGCUGACUUGUUGUGAAUAUAAAAGCACGUGUAUCAGUCUUCUGUCCCCAUGAACCAACUUUCAAUAAACCAUGGACUUGAUGCUCACAAGGAUUCUACUUUUGUCAAUACAUUUCAUUUUGCCCAUAUGGGGCAAUGUUUUGCGACUUCAGAAGAGAGACUGGAUGGGUAGUCCAUCUACAAGCAUGACAGAGGGUGAUGUAGAAUGUUUCUCUGAGUAUAUGGAACUCUGGAUCCACAGAAUGAGAAUUGAGGGGUUGAGGCUUUGGCUUUCUGGAUUAUUGAGGAUUCAAGUGGGUCUGAUGUCACUGGAGAAUCUAAACCAUCAGCUGUCUUCAUGUGGCUUUGGCCUGCACAGAGAUCUGGACAAGAACUAUAUCUUCAGAGUCAUGUACAGUGGAUGUUUUGUGCAGUUAGAGCAAGGUAAUUAUGUGAUUGUGCUGAACUUGCUGAAGAGAGUAAGUCGUUUUGGAGGCAGGACUCAAAAGUUUAUGAUGAAGUGUCCAGCUGUGCCAGCACCUCCUAAUAGAGAGUACAUUCAGUGUGAUUCAGACUUCAUUCAGGUUACCAGGGAGAUCCCUGUGAAUAACUGGAAUAAUGAGCUCGAUUGGUCUCUGGCUUUGAGAGGGAGUCUGGUGGUGGCUUUGGAUGAUUCUAGUCUUAUUCAAGUAAAUGUUGAACUGCACAAACCAAAUAUAACCGUUCAAGGGAGGAGAGACACAGUGUUAAGUCCUGUGCAGGUAUUUGAAUCUGAGGGACAAUUCUUACCUCUCAAACUGGUCAGUGGCCAUUAUGCCUACAGCAUGGAGGCGACCUGCCCAAAUGUGAACCAGUCUUCAUCUGCAGACACGGUGCUGCAUAUCUAUAAACGGCGCAUGGGUCUGACUAAAAGAGGAGGAUAUCACAAUGAGACCCUCUCUGUCAGUAGUGUGUUUGUGAAACAGACUGACAAUUUCACCUGGUCAGAGACAAGUGACUUUGUGCUGCUUAUCAUUCCCACAUCCCUCAUUCAACAAACAAAGGAAUGCAUUGGUCAAGAGGGCGACAAACUUCAGCAAAAUGUCUACAAGAUAGAUGCUGUUCUUGCCUUUAAAGAGACAAAUCACAAAAUGCACUGGACAUUGGAAAACACAUCACCAUGUUCAGAGAUGUUAAGUGAUUCACUGGUCACAAAACCACCCCUGCAACUGAUACUCAGUAACCCACAAGGAGUUACUUACUUUCAUGAUGGCCAACACAUCCAAAUGCAGGGAUUACAAACAGGCCACACUGAAGAGUUUACUCCUUCCAUACAACCACAGACUACAUCUACAACAUCACAGAGUACAGAUGAGGAAGAUAACAUAACCUCAGUACCUACCAAAAUCCUCCCAAAAACUGAGGCUCCCUGUACAUUACCUCUUAUUUCAUGAUAUAUUUACAGCCAAAAGCACAAUAGGGGUUACUUUUGAAAAGUUAACAUGGAUGGUGCUGCAUCAUUUGUUGAGUUCACACAUACAGCCUUUUCCAGAAAAUUACCUACAAUUUCCUGUUUACACAUGACCCUUUUGAAAAUACUGGUAGAUUUUGCUCUGGCAAUUUUCCUUAAUGCGAAGUUGUAUCAUUACCAAUAAAUUUCCUUAUUGAUGGUAUGUGUGAACAGCAUGUUUUGAAUGAACACAUUUACCAGUAAAGGCAACCCAAUAAUUUUUCUGUAAUUCACCUGGUUGCAUGUGUGAACGGGGCUGGGAGGCACCUAAAUGCAGAUACCAAGUGCCCAUUUGUCAGUAAUAUUCCAUUUGUUUUUCUCCCAUUUUCUCCCCAAUUUGGAAUGCCCAAUUCCCAAUGCACUCUAAGUCCUUGUGGUGGUGUAGUGACGCCUCCGCAUCUGAGACCAUCAAUCCGUGCAAUUUAUCACAUGGCUUGUUGAGCGCAUUACCGUGGAGAUAUAGCGCGUGUGGAGGCCCACGCUAUUUUCCGCGGCAUCCACGCACAACUCACCACGUGCCCCACCGAGAGUGAGAACCACACAUUAUAGCAACCACGAGGAGGUUACCCCAUGUGACUCUACCCUCCAUAGCAACCGGGCCAAUUUGGUUGCUUAGGAGACCUGGCUGGAGUCACUCAGCAAGCCCUGGAUUCGAACUUGUGACUCCAGGGGUGGUAGUCAGCGUCUUUACUCACUGAGCUACCCAGGACCCCAAUGAUAUUCCAUUGAAUCUUUUCAUACAGCACUAUUACAAUUGGUAGUCCAUUAAUCACAGCUGAUUUAAUCACAGUUUGAAAUACAGCUACGCAUUUAAGCACCACUUUCACUCAGACUGGGAUUUACUACACAACCAUCAAGUGGAACCAUGCAUCUUUUCUGUUGACAAGCAAAGUGCUGUUGGAAUCAUAUGCAGGGAAGGAUUACAUCUAAGACUGUGUUGGUCAUGCUAUUAAAAUAC